ACUACAGCCGUGGCAGUGCAGAGGCAAAGCCAUCCAUCUCCUCAACAUCGCCGCUCCAAGGCCCUACCCCUCGCCCUCGAUCCAGUACCCACGUCUCAGCGCGACCGAUUCUCCUCGAUCCAGCGCUGAUCUAGUGGCUUCCUAGCCUAGCCAUGGAUUUCAUGGCGUCCUUGGCCGCCGAGAAGCGGUGGCUAUUCCCGAAAUUCUUCGCCAUGUAUGCCACCAUCUAUUGUGUCGGGCAGCUCGUCAUGUUCCGGCAGUGGGCGUCGCGACAACACCUAGAUAGCGCCAGCUGCCUCAUCUCGCUCUUCCAUGGCACCCCCGCCGCGUUGGCCGCUGCGGAGGCCAGCCUCACACUGCCCGUAGGAGCCCGCUCCUUCACCGCGCCCAACGCACGCCCGCAGGACCAUGUCCUCGACCACAGCAUCGCCUACUUCGCCGUGGACCUGCUCCACUACCUUGUCUUCCUACCCAGAGAUGUCCUCAUCAUCGGGCACCACCUUGCCACGCUAUUUGUCUUCCUCACCUGCCGAUACCUCGUCCGCCACGGCGCCUACCCACUACUAGUCCUCCUCUUUCUCGCCGAGGUCACCAGCUUGCUGCAGAACGUAUGGACGCUCACUGGGAUCUUGCGAGACCAAUCCCCCACCGCCGCGCGUGUCUACGAUGUCGUCUCGCUUCCCUUCUACACGCUCUACAUGCUCGCCAGGGGCGUUGCCGGCCCGCUCUUCCUCCUCAAGAUGGCUGCCUUCUACCUAUCUGGCCAGGCCGUCGACGUCAUCCCGUGGUGGGUGCGGAUCUCCUGGAUCCUCGUUGUCGGCAUCGGCAUUGUGAUUAGCAACCUGUGGAUUUGGAACCUGUUGAUCUAA